UCUACACCAGCUGGUGCACAUCAUCAUGUGGAGUACGAUCGUUCAUUCUACACACUCGAUCCCAUCAACCCAAACGAACCCAAAUUCGACAAAAUCCUUAUUGCUAACAGAGGUGAAAUUGCGUGCCGUGUGAUAAAGACAUGCCGUGCGAUGGGAAUCAAGACAGUUGCUGUGCACUCAGAUGUUGACAGUGCAUCCUUGCACGUUCGAUUGGCCGAUGAGGCCGUCUGUGUAGGACCUGCACCAACCAGUGAAUCCUAUCUUCGCGCUGAUCGAAUCCUUCAAGCGGUCAAAGACACCGGAGCUCAGGCUGUCCACCCGGGUUAUGGUUUCCUGUCCGAGAACACUGAUUUCGCAGCCAAACUGGAAGAUGCAGGUGCCAAAUUCAUUGGACCUAACUCAAAGGCUAUCCUGGCCAUGGGUGACAAAAUCCACUCAAAACGAAUCGCUACCGAAGCUCGUGUGAACAUGAUUCCUGGUUAUGAUGGCGAAAUCGAUGAUGAAGAACAGUGCGUGAAAGUAGCAAACGAGAUCGGAUAUCCAGUCAUGAUCAAGGCUUCAGCCGGCGGUGGUGGUAAGGGUAUGCGUAUCGCGUGGAAUGAUACUGAAGCACGAAAUGGAUACAGACUGUCUAAACAAGAGGCGAAAUCGUCAUUCGGUGAUGACCGUAUGCUUGUUGAGAAGUUCAUCGAUAACCCACGACACAUUGAAAUGCAAGUUCUCUGCGACAAACAUGGCAAUGCUGUUUGGCUUAACGAACGUGAAUGCUCAAUUCAACGAAGAAACCAAAAGGUUAUUGAAGAGGCUCCCUCGUCAUUUGUUGAUCCAGAAAUGCGAAAGAGGAUGGGUGCUCAAGCAACUCAACUCGCUUUGGCUGUCGGUUACGAUUCGGCUGGUACCGUUGAAUUUUUGGUUGACUCAAAGAAGAACUUCUACUUCUUGGAAAUGAACACUCGACUUCAGGUAGAGCAUCCAAUCACUGAAGCGAUCACAGGACUUGAUAUCGUACAGCAAAUGCUUCGCGUUUCAUACGGUCAUCCGUUGAACUUCAAACAAAGUGAUGUCGGAAUCCGUGGUUGGGCAUUUGAAUGCCGUGUUUACGCCGAGGUAAAAUCCUCAUAA